UACAUUAAGUCGAGGCAGGCAAGUAAUUUUUCUUUUCUUUGCAGUUAAGGAAUUUUAGACAUGGAUUACUUUGACAUAUGGCUCGUGCAGUAUAUGUUUUUAAUACCAAUGUUCUAGCCCCAUAUAGACAAAAUUUGUUGUCUAUGAGUUCAAAGCAAUUUAGUUUUGUAUACUUUCACAGUGUGUACCUUGUAUGCAUGAGAUGAAGUGGUAUUAGGCUGUUAGCCAACUUUAAUGUUUUCUGUGUUAAAUCUGAAUAUUCACCCAUCCAGUUUGUGAAAGUAACACCAUUACACCAACUUCUCUUAAGGAAAUUGGAAAAUGCAUAUGAAAGAGUUUGGAGUAAACGAAGAAAAUACAAAUAAGAUAGAAGAGCGCUAACCAUUUUGGAUCGGCAGUUUUUUCUUAUUUGAGAUCAAUUCCAAUGUUAAGGUAUAUAAUUCAUGUCAUAUAAUAUAACUAUAUUACAUUCAAGUGGAAAAACCCUAUUCAGCUCCACUGGGAUAUUUGUUUGUUUAGUUGGUCUACGCAUGUACAGGGUUUGUAGAUCAGUUUUUUCUCCCGCCUUGCCUUUUUUCUAGAGCAUCAUAUUUUUGUAUUGGACGAUACUUGAUAGUACUAUCUCAUUUGCUCUCUUUUUUUCUUCGGAAGUUAUGUUCAGUCAAUAGAAAAUGUUGACUUGUGAAGUUUCUUCUCUCUCCCUCUUUUACUUGUUACCUUAUUCUUUUGAUUGGUUGUUUCUAUCGUGACAGCUCCUCUAUUUUCAAAGACGCCAUAUAAUGAGUACUCAAGUUUCAUUAGCGAGAUCCUCUGAUUUGCAGAUCAUGAAGAUGUAAGUGCUUUAUGAAAUUACUUGUGCUUAGGUGUUAUAAUCUGUUGAGUUGUUCUGCUAGUUCAUUGGAACAAAAGUGCAUAGGCGUAUUAACUGCUUAUCCUUUUUAUUACUUCUACAAAUGAGUGACAUUUCCUUUCUCUUAAAAAGCAUGUCAUUUAUGAGUCAAUUAUGUUGUUCACUAGAAUAUUAAAAUCCUUCCUUUUAUGGCUUGCGAAUUCUCCUGACUUGACCGACCCAUAUUCAUUUUGAUGUUGAAGUUUGAUUAUUAACAACCGAUCUGUCUAUUAUGUCAUGUUAGGAACCAUGAUCUUAAUUGACUGAUGGGGACUGUUUUUCCGAUACUUGAUACGAUGACUCUGAUUUAGUUUCUCUUCUACACCUCCGAGAGGAACACAGAUCUCACGAUGCCCUAAUCUGUUAUUCAAAAAAAAUGUUAAGUUGUUCAGGACAUUGUAUUGUCAACGUACAUCUUUCAAUAGAGUAUUGGAAAAAUACACAAACUUGUUCAGGAGAUAUAAUGAUUGUAAACCACGAGGAGUUAUACGCAAGAGGCUUAAAAAAUACGUAUAGUAUAGAUUCUCUGAAUACAUUCUUAGCCCAGUAUAGCUAAUUAACAAACAAAAUGAAAAUGAUACUCAAUUUUAUGGUUUCACACAUGUUUCAUUAUGCUUACUUGUCGCCGACGACACGUCAAGAACCUUUUUAGGUACUAAUUUUGUCCUGAUGCUAUGGUCUUUAAUUUCUUGGUGAAUCUUGCAUCACUAAUACUUGUCGAGUUCUUUAUGAUACUGUUAUCAAAUUAGUUCGCCACCUUCCAUUUUGUAUCUGUCGGGAGUUCUAUCAUAAGGUCUCUUUGCCGAGUUUCAUUCUGGGAAAUGAUUUUUGAAAGAUAGAUUGAUGAGAUUUUCAGUUUCAGUAAGUUCAGUAGAUUGACAUAUAUCUAAUAUUUGGCAGAUCUAUUGGUGUAAAGCUUCAAAGCAGGAAAUAUUUGCAGGCAUUAAUUUUUUGGACCAAAUGGACUUCGUGGUUAAUGGAUGGGACCAAGUGCUGAGAUUAUGGUGAUAAGACUGGCCCCUUAUAAUCAAAUUUUCGUUCUAACUUAAUUUAUCUCGCUUAACUUCCAUUUCUUGAAUGGUUAUUUAAUCUAGCCGUGCCCAGCUUAACUAUCCAACCGAUGUUGUCUUGGACGGCAGUGAAAUUUCGAGGUCGGACAGCAUGACCCUGCGUUAAUGGAAGACAGUGAUUCAAAACUGGAAAAGUCCCUGUCUGUGUUGUCUAUAGAUGAUGGUACAUCGUCACAACAUUCCGAAGAAUCUGAUCUUCUAGUAAAGAAUGAAAAGGAGAACAAUGAUUUUCAUUUGGGUCAUACCAAACAACCCACACCACCUCCUGUUGAGGCCCAAGUUCAUCCAGAGCUGCUUUCAAUCUGUCCAUUGAGAGUUUCUGAUGCAAACUCCAGAUCACCCAACCUCUUUAAGGAUGGGUUAUCUCGUUCCAGUUCUUACCAAGAUCUUCAUAUUCCAGUGAAGAUGAUGGAAGAAUUUUUGAGAUUGGCAUGGGACAAUACUGCAAAGAAUUUGGAAACUUGUGGUAUUCUUGCUGGUUCACUUCAGGAUAGGGUAUUUCAUAUUACUACACUCAUAAUACCGAAGCAGGAGUCAACUUCGGACACGUGCCAGACACUCAACGAAGAAGAGAUUUUUGAGGUUCAAGACAAACGUUCCCUGUUUUCUCUUGGAUGGAUUCAUACACACCCAACUCAAACGUGUUUUAUGUCAUCAAUUGACCUGCACACGCAUUAUUCAUAUCAGGUCAUGUUACCAGAAGCAGUUGCAAUUGUCAUGGCUCCUACAGACACAUCAACUCCACAUGGCAUAUUCCAUCUUUCCGAUCCUGGUGGCGUUUCUGUAAUUAGAAACUGUCAACACCGUGGUUUCCAUCCUCAUGAAGAGCCUGAUGAUGGGAGCACCAUUUAUGAGGAAUGCUCUCAUGUUUAUAUGAAUUCCACCUUGUCCUUUGAUGUGGUCGAUCUUCGGUGAGCUUCCUUACUUCUUUCAUCUCAAGGUGUAUAUAUAUGUGUGUGUGUGUGUGUGUGUGUGUGUGUGUGUGUGUGUGUGUGUGUGUGUGAAAGGAGCAGCAUUUAAGAUGGGGGAGAUUAUGUAUAAUAAUUGUAAAACUUAUUCGCAGCUCGUGACUUUUGCAUUGUGAAAAUGUGCAUUUGUUUCUCUUAAUGUGAAUGGUCGCUUAACAAAA